GAGAGCGGACUUCUGCGCCUCCUCCGCCCGGGGGGAGAGACAUGGCCCACGAGCGUCCCGCCGGCGCCCUGGAGCCCGAGCUCGUCCAGCGGCUGCUGCUCUCCUGCCGGGAAGCCAAGAAGUCCGCCUACUGCCCCUACAGUCACUUCCCCGUGGGGGCCGCGAUCCUCACUCGGGACGGAAGGAUCUUCUCCGGGUGCAACAUAGAAAACAUCUGCUACCCGUUGGGCGUCUGUGCGGAGCGGACAGCAAUCCAGAAGGCCAUCUCAGAAGGACACAGAGAGUUCAGGGCCAUCGCUAUCUCCAGUGACCUGCAAGAUGACUUUAUCUCACCCUGCGGAGCCUGCAGGCAAGUCAUGAGAGAGUUUGGCACCAACUGGGCUGUCUACAUGACCAAGCCAGAUGGCACCUAUGUUGUCAGGACAGUCCUGGAGCUGCUGCCUGCCCCUUUCGGGUCCAUAGGCUGGCAAAAGAUCCAGUGAGUUCGGGAAAAUGCCCACUGCCUGGAAGAGCCUGGGUUUCCACAUGUAUUUAAGGGGACAACUGCCCAGAGAACUUCACGAAGAUGUUCUUACAGACCUGGAGACAUCUGCCACGUGGACAGGGCUGGGCAGAGAUGGCUUUUCCAAAUGACACUCGAGUGCGGAGAUCUUCACUGAAGCAAUAAAGGGUUUUGUUCCAUCCUGGGCCAACAUCCCUCCUGGCAACCCACCUUGUCCUUCCUGGGACAGGAGCACCCAUCCCUUCCUUUCCUUCCCAAGAGCCAUCUUUAAAAUUCCAGCCAAGUCUGGACUGCUUCUCCGUCAGCCUUCCCAAGGUUCUAUACUGUUCUGAGCGACUUUUCUAAUUAUAGACCUCACAGAGUGCA